GUUCCAAACCUCCGACGAUCCCAGAAACCUGUCCCUUACCAAUUUUCUUGCCUUUUGCCCGCUUAUGUGGUCCCUACCACCCAUUCCUUCCACGAGUCACCACAACCUUCACCAAAACUGCCACGUGUUAUCUGAUCAUCGGUGCUCACUGGGCCCUUCAUCAGAACCUAACAGUCAGCGACUCUUUGUCCCCCACCAGCCCAUACCCCUUUCCUUAGCUUAUAACAUUAACAUAUAAUCUUACUUUGUCCAUUAUUUUCAUCUACCUUAUCAGUAGUCUUCAACUCCAUAGAUAUAAAUGGAGAGUACAGAUUCAUCAUCCGCCUCACCGCACCUGCAACUCCCGCCAGGAUUCCGAUUCCACCCGACUGAUGAAGAGCUAGUGGUUCACUACCUCAAACGGAAGGCCGCUUCAGCUCCUCUACCUGUAACAAUCAUAGCAGAAGUUGAUCUUUACAAGUUUGAUCCAUGGGAGCUGCCAAGUAAGGCAACUUUUGGAGAGCAAGAGUGGUAUUUUUUUAGUCCUAGAGACAGGAAAUAUCCGAAUGGAGCAAGGCCUAAUAGAGCUGCAACUUCUGGUUAUUGGAAAGCUACUGGGACUGAUAAGCCGAUUGUAACAUCUAAUGGAAAUCAAAAGGUUGGUGUCAAAAAAGCUUUAGUAUUCUAUGGAGGUAAGCCUCCAAAAGGGAUUAAAACAAAUUGGAUCAUGCAUGAAUAUCGCCUUAUCGACAAUAAUUCUGCUUCUAAGCCACAAAUUGCUGAUGUACCGAACAGGAAAGCUUCUUUACGGCUUGAUGAUUGGGUUUUAUGCCGGAUUUACAAGAAGAACAAUACCCAAAGGCCAAUGGAAAGGGACAAAGACUAUUCCUUGGAGGGAAUGGUAGCAACACUGCCAACUUCUAGCCAUCAUAAUCCUACCUCGAAAGCUACAAGUUAUGGUUCAUUGCUAGAACAUGAAGAGAAUUUCUUUGAAGGGGUAUUAACAGGACAAGGCAUGCAAAACAGUUCCAUUUCACAAAUAGCAGUGUCUUCAAGCUCAAAGCAAAAUAUUCUUUCCAUGGCCUUAUCUGCUACAACAACAAAUUCAAUCCCUGUUAAACGUUCACUUCCAGCUCCACAGUACUGGAAUGAACCAAAUCCAAUAGGUUCACAAUCCGGCAAAAGGUUCCAGGGUGAUCUAAAUAGUAGUACUACGGCUGACAUUGAUGAAACCAACUCCUUUGUUUCUUUGCUCAGUCAGUUACCUCAGAACGCUCCAUUUUACCCUGGCACGCUCGUUGGAUCUCUUGGCGAAGUGAUGGUUUCUCGGCAACAGUUUAUACUUCCUAGCAUGAAUUGGAACUCUUAGUUUGGAUUGUAAGGUCUUGAUGGGUGUAAGUAAAACUAAUUAAUACAUCUUUUUUAUAAUCUGUGAAAUAAUUCCCCUCAAGCAAGGUGAUCUAAAUAGUAUUUCAUGUUUUUAUUCAUGUCCUUUCCUUUUUGUUCUUUAGUACUUUUUCUUCA